AUGGUCUUUACCCAGGAAGAGUGGGCUUUCCUGGAUCUUAAUCAAAGGAAACUCUACAGAGAUGUCAUGAUGGAAACCUUGAGAAACCUGGCUUCAGUAGAAAUCGCCAAGUCACAUGGCAAUAAAUACCGGCAUAAAAUCCAUGGGACAAGUUUGAGAAGUCAGAAAGUAAAGAAGUUGUUUGAAAGUAAUGAAGACAGUCAGUGUGGGAAAACCUUCAGUCGUGUUCCAGAUCUUUCUGUGGCACACAGGAACCCUCCGGCGGUCAAUCCUUUUCAGUCCUGCAUGUGGGGAACAGCCUUUAUUGAUGAGUCAUCACCUGAGUGUCACUCCAGAUUGCACCCCACAGGAAACAAGACCCACAAAUGUAAUGUAUGCAGGAAGGACUUUUGUAUGUCAGCCCUUAAGGUUCCUGUGACAACACCCCCUGGUGAGAAAUGUUAUGAAUGUAAGAAAUGUGGGAAGGAUUUCUGUAGUUUCUCAUCCUUUUGUACACAUGUGAGAAGUCAUAAACAUGAAUGUGAAGAAUGUUCUAAAAUCAGUAGUCAUCCAGCAUCUCUGAUGUUUCAUCCAAAAUUUAACAAGACAGAUAAGCUUUAUGAAUGUAAGGAAUGUGGGAAAGCAUUUAGUCACCCCUCAAACCUCUCUAGACAUGAAAGAAUUCACAGUGGUGAGAGGCCCUAUGAAUGUAAGGAAUGUGGGAAAGGGUUUAGCCAGGCCUCAUACCUCUCUAUACAUAGACGAAUUCACAGUGGAGAGCGGCCUUAUGAAUGUAAGGAAUGUGGGAAAGCAUUUAGUCAGCCCUCAAACCUCUCUGUACAUAGAAAAAUUCACAUUGGAGAGAGACCCUAUGAAUGUAAGGAAUGUGGGAAAGCAUUUAGUCAGUCCUCAAUCCUGUCUAUGCAUAAAAAAAUUCACAGGGGAGAGAGGCCCUAUGAAUGUAAGGAUUGUGGGAAAGCAUUCAUUUAUCCCUCAAGCCUAACUAAACAUAGAAGGACUCACAGUAGCAAGAGGGCUUAUGAAUGUAAGAAGUGUGGCAAAGCCUUCAUAAGUUCCUCAUGUCUUACUACGCAUAUAAGAACACACAAUGGAGAGAGGACCUAUGAAUGUAAGGAAUGUCGGAAAUCCUUUGGUUGUGCCAGUUACCUCUCAUUACACGUAAGAAGAGCACAUAGUUCAGAAAAGCCUUACGAAUGUAAGGAAUGUGGGAAAGCCUUUAGUUAUUCCUCAUCCCUCACUGUACAUAUGCGAACUCACAGUGGAGAGCGGCCCUAUGAGUGUAAGGAAUGUGGGAAAGCCUUUACACAGGCCUCACACCUCACAUCACAUAUGGGAACUCACAGUGGAGCGAGGCCUUAUGUAUGUAAGGUAUGUCAGAAAGCUUAUAGGCAGGCCUCAAACCUUAGCACACAUAUGCGAACUCACAGUGGAGAGAAGCAUUAUGAAUGUAAGGAAUGUGGGAAAUCGUUUCCACAGGCCUCACACCUCACUGUACAUAUGCGAGGUCACAGUGGAGAGAGGCCUUAUGAAGGUAAGGUAUGUGGGAAGGCUUUACAAAGGCCUCACACCUCACAUCACAUACAGGAACUCAGAGUGGAGAUGCCAUAUGUAUGUAACUACUGGGAAAUCCUUUAA